AUGUCUCCCUCGAGCGACUCUGGACUACAUAGCUCCGUGGGACCAGACGAGAGAUGGCCACUCUUGUCGCAGCAAACGGCAUCUGGCCAAGAGGAUGCCAUGACCAAUGCAACCGCCCAACACCACUCUCGCGAUGCCAAGGAGGACUUUUCGCGCCGCAGCAUGCUUUUAUGCUCGUUGCCCAUCAUUCUCAUCGUCUUUAUUGAAUCAAGCAGUAUUCUUCAGUCCGUCCCUUUCAACCAGGUGCUCGAAGAAAACAUCUGUCGCCGCAUGUACGCGGACUCGACACGUCCUAAUAUCAGCCAAUGCGGCGACGACAAUGCCGUACAGGCAGAGUUGGCCACGCUACAAGGAUGGCAAACCACUUUUGAUCUCAUACCAACGGAUAAAUACGGAAAGAAACCCGUGCUCAUACUAUGCGUCGCAGGGAUGAGCAUGGCGUCGUUAUUCUACACAGCUGUUUGUUUUUGGCCGCAACAGUUUCCCGUUCGUCUCACAUGGGUAUCGCCAGCAUUCAUGCUCAUCGGCGGCGGCAACGCCGUGUUGAGCUCAGUUGUGUUCUCGGCAUUGUCCGAUCUCGUCCCCGGUCCAUAUCGGGCUACAACAUUCUUUACGCUUGGGGCUGCCGUUCUUGUCACUGAGCUGGUCGUUAGCCCUGUGGCUUCAGUGUUGAUGCAGGCAAACUUGUGGCUUCCGAUUUUCCUUGGCAUAAUUUUAUUCCCUGUUUGCAUAUUGUUGGUCCUGUGCAUGGAAGAAACAAAAAGCCCAUCGGUGUUUUCGGACCAGGCGUCUCCUGGCUUAAUAAGCGCUGAUAGUUCCACGGGUCAGAAUGAGGAGGUCGAGCGAGGUCACAAGCACAGCAACAUUUGGGUUCGAUUUUGCCAUGGCUUGGAGAGACUCAAGGAGGGUACCGUCUUUUUUGUUGCAGGAAAUUACCGGGUAGCUUUCCUUCUCUCUACCCUUUUGACAACGACGUUUGGAAAGACGGCACAAGAGAUGAUGCUUCAAUUCGCCCGAAGACGAUUCAAAUGGUCAUGGUCUGAGGCUGGGAAUCUUAUUUCGCACAAGGCUGCAAGUACGUUGGUACUGCUCACAAUACUUCUUCCGAUGGCCAAUUUUUUCCUUGUCAAAAAGUGGGCAAUGCGAGCGAUUGACAAGGAUUUGUUUCUGGCCAAAAUGAGCUCUAUGCUUCUCACAGUUGGAAACUUGGUCAUUUGCGUCUCCGCUACGAGUGCCUUUUUUCUCUUCGGUAAGAACAAGUUUCCGUUCCGGACGCUGGGCGUGUGA